AAAAGGCAUCACAGAAAGAAAUCUCCAAAUAAUCUUCCACCGCUCCUCCUAAAACCUCCACAGUCGCCGGCACAUUUCAAAAGCUUCCGAUUGAAUGAUCACUAAAAACCCUAAUUGUCUCUGCAUUUUGCAUUAUUUACAGUGAUACUCCUUGGCAACUGCUUCUCCUCCACACUCAUCACUCUUUACUGGUCGAUUCACUGACCUUAACUGUAGCGACGGAGAGUUCCGGUUUUUGCGGGAUGACAUUUCCGGCGUGAGCAAGUGAUGAGAUCGAGGGUGGAAUCCGGUGGUCCCUGAUGGGCGUGGCCAAGGCGAGCGCGGCGGCGCUGUUACAGCACCAGAACGGCGGCGGUAGCAACAACAAGCUAGCGGCGCAGCAGAGGAAGCCGAUCUCCUGGACGGUUGUGUGCGGCUUCUUGCUCUUCUGCUUGGGCUUGAUUUCGCUCUUCACUGGUCACGUGGCGUCUGAUCUCGAGUGGUACUCUCAGCGGCUGGUGAAACGGAGUUUCUUCUCCAAAUUGGAGGGGAUCAGUCGCGUACCCAUUGAUAUAUGGAAGUCUGAAUAUUCGAGCUACUUCUACGGAUGUAGCCAAAGGGGCCGUAAUUUUGCUCCUGCUGUACCUCAGCGGUUGUCAAAUGGUUAUUUGCUUAUUGGAGCCAGUGGUGGAUUGAAUCAACAAAGAACGGGAAUAACAGAUGCUGUUGUUGUUGCUCGGAUUCUUAAUGCAACAUUAGUAGUUCCGGAGUUGGAUCAUCAUUCCUAUUGGAAGGAUGAUAGUGACUUUGUCAAUAUUUUUGAUGUUGACUGGUUCAUUUCUUACCUAGCAAAAGAUGUUACCAUUGUCAAAAGAGUUCCUGAUAAAUUCAUGCGAUCAAUGGAAAAACCUCCAUAUACUAUGCGUGUUCCAAGGAAAUCCGCCCCUGAAUAUUAUCUAGAUCAAGUUCUGCCAAUACUUUUGAGGAGACAUGUUGUACAACUGACUAAGUUUGAUUAUAGACUGGCAAAUGACAUUGAUGAAGAGCUUCAAAGGUUGCGUUGCCGUGUUAAUUACCAUGCUUUGAGGUUUACAAAACCCAUAGAAAAACUUGGACAGAAGCUUGUCAUGAGAAUGCGUCAGAUGGCAAACCGUUUUAUUGCAGUCCAUUUGAGAUUUGAACCUGACAUGCUAGCGUUUUCUGGAUGUUACUUUGGUGGGGGUGACAAGGAGAGACAUGAGCUUGGAGAGAUACGAAAACGAUGGGAAACAUUACCUGAUCUAAGUGCCGAUGAGGAAAGAAAACGAGGUAAAUGUCCACUUACCCCUCAUGAGGUAGGAUUGAUGCUGCGGGGACUUGGUUUUGCAAAUGACACAUAUCUCUAUGUUGCAUCUGGAGAAAUAUAUGGAGGAGAUGAUACUCUGCGGCCUCUGAGAGAACUCUUUCCAAACUUCUAUACAAAAGAGAUACUUGCUAAUGAAGAGCUGAAAUCUUUUCUUCCAUACUCUUCACGCCUUGCUGCCAUUGACUACAUUGUCUGUGAUGAGAGUGACGUUUUUGUCACAAAUAAUAAUGGGAACAUGGCCAAGAUUCUUGCAGGUCGAAGGAGGUACAUGGGCCACAAGAGGACCAUCAAGCCAAAUGCUAAGAAGCUCAGUGCUUUAUUCAUGGCAAGGGACAAGAUGGAUUGGGAUACUUUUUCCAGAAAAGUGAAAAUAAGCCAGAGAGGAUUCAUGGGAGAGCCAGAUGAGAUGAGACCAGGAAGGGGUGAGUUUCAUGAAUAUCCAUACUCUUGUAUCUGCCAGAAACCUAUCAGUGAUGUUCAAACAAGCAGAAGUGGAGAACAAUUAGGAGGGAAUCAUGUUUAGAAUCGAAGAUUGAGGAAGAAAAAUGUGGGAAAAAACCAGUAUCUUUAGGAGAGAAUGAUGAAGAGUAAAAUUUCCAGACUAACAGAUAAAUAAAGAGUGAGUAACCAAAAAUGUCCCUUGCCUGUUGGUAUUGAUCUAUAGUGAUGGUGGUGCCUUUUUGUCUCGGAUGCUUAUUUUCAUCAUGGCAGUAGAGAACUUUUGCAACCAUACCGUUAGAGAUGAAGCAUACCCAGAGAUGGCUUCUGCUCUCAUUUCAAUUGUUAAGGUUCCAGUGAUGGAUGGAUCUGUACAGUGGUGGACUUCAGUGAGCUGCAACUGUUCAUAGUAUUUUUGCUAGUUAUAAUAUAGGUAUCCAGAUCACGUGGUGACUUUGACAAUAUUUUAGUGUAUUCAAGUGUUUUUAAGUCAUUUAGCUAACUGUGUAAAUUAGCAAAAAUGUUUCAUAAGGAAAAAAGCAUUUCCUUGUGUACGUUAUCAAAAGAUGCUUGCAGGCCGGUUAAUUUUUCUAAGAUAGAUAUAAAAUGGGAAGUGUUUU